AUGACAGACCCCUCCGACGAGGCCAAGAACAUCGAGAAGCUCUACGAGUUCGGCGAGCGACUCAAUGAGUCCAAGGACAAGUCCCAGAAUGUGGCUGACUACCAGGGGAUUAUUGAUGCGGCCAAGACGAGCAUCAAGGCCAAACAGCUGGCUGCGCAGCUUAUUCCUAGGUUCUUCAAGUUCUUCCCCGACCUUUCGGAGUCUGCCAUCUAUACCCACAUUGAUUUGAUUGAAGAAGAAGAGCUCGGGGUUCGAGUUCAAGCCAUUCGGGGCCUUCCCCUUUUCUGCAAGGAUACACCUGAGCAGAUUGCAAAAAUUGUAGACAUUCUUGUGCAACUCCUUGCUGCUGAGGAAUUUGUGGAGCGUGAUGCUGUGCAUAAAGCACUUAUGUCCCUUUUGAGGCAAGAUGUGAAAGUUUCUUUGACAGCCUUAUUCAAGCACAUUGGGAGUGUUGAUGAACCAAGCACAGAUGAGUUUAUUCGUGAGAAGGUUUUAACCUUUAUUCGAGAGAAGGUGUUUCCAAUUAAAUCUGAACUUUUGAAGCCUCAGGAGGAAAUGGAAAGGCAUAUUACUGACUUGAUAAAAAAGAGUUUAGAAGAUGUAACUGGGGCAGAAUUUAGAAUGUUUAUGGACUUCUUAAAAAGUUUGAGCAUAUUUGGGGAGAAAGCUCCUCCUGAACGCAUGAAAGAACUAAUUGGUAUUAUUGAAGGACAAGCUGAUUUAGAUGCCCAAUUCAAUGUUUCAGAUGCAGAUCAUAUUGACAGGUUGAUAUCUUGCUUGUUCAUGGCUCUGCCAUUUGUUGUGAGGGGUGCGUCAAGCAGCAAAUUCCUCAACUAUUUGAACAAACACAUCCUUCCUGUUUCAGAUAAGCUUCCUGACGAACGAAGGCUAGAUUUGCUCAAAGCCCUUGCAGAAGUUUCACCUUACACAACUCCACAAGAUUCACGUCAGAUUCUUCCUUCUGUUGUUCAGCUGUUAAAGAAAAACAUGCCUCGGAGAAAGACUGGAGAGGAGUUUAACUUCACUUAUGUAGAAUGCUUGUUGUACACAUUUCAUCAUCUUUCUCACAAGGUUCCAAAUGCUACUAACAGUCUAUGCGGUUACAAGAUAGUGACUGGACAACCAUCAGAUAGGCUUGGGGAGGACUUUUCAGAGCAGUAUAAGGAAUUUACUGAGAGGUUGAGUUAUGUUGAGGAGUUAACUAGGGCCACCAUGAAGAAAUUAACCCAGGGAAUGGCUGAAAAGAACAAAGCUAUGGCAGCUGCAAAAUCUGACGAAGCGAAGGAUAGCAUUAAAACGGAAAAGCAGAAUACUACAACUGGGUUGCGAACCUGCAAUAACAUAUUGGCAAUGACAAAGACUCUACAUUCAAAAACACCCUCAUUUAUUGGAGACAAGAGCAUCAACCUGUCUUGGAAAGAAGUGACAAAACCUGUUGUGCCCUCUAGCACACCUGCCACAGGAACAAAACGACCUGCUAAUCCUGCCAAUGGACCUGGGAAUAUGACUUCAAAGAAAGGCCGUGGAGGUGGCGGUUUACAAAAUCAGCUUGUCAAUAGAGCAUUUGAAGGUUUAUCUCAUGGUGGAAGAAGCGGGGGUGGGGGAAGGAGCAGAGGCAGGGGAUGGGGUGGACGUGGAAGGGGAAGGGGUUACAGGAUGGUGAGAGAUGCGCCACAGGAAUACUACUUAUUGUGUUCCUCUGGAGCCCUGUCCAAGAAGAACGGCUACCGGAUUAGUGCCUCUGAGUUGUCAAUCCCCUAA